CUCGCACAAAAAUUUAGCAGAAUCUUGGAAGGAACAGAUAACACAAGGAAAUGGGAAGAAUUCAAAACUUGCAAGUCAAUAUUAAUGUAUCUGCACAACAAGACAAUGGCUUCACAAAACCCUCACACACACAUUCAGUCUCCAUUCUAACAGUGGUUAUUUUCUGAUAGGACAUAUUUUAUAUCACAGCCUUUUCCUGUGACCACGCAAAAUUAAUUUUUCAAAAGUCUCCAAUCUUAAAGAGACCCCCUUGGUCUUGCAUCUUCCUACUGAACACCGAAACCUUCGAUCUGUUUCUGUUGUGGUCCUCUCAGCUUCGAUAAUUAGUUGUCCUACUUCCGACACCCUCCGUGUUUAUGUAGCUCCCAUGACUCUCAACAUUUUGUCCUUUGUCGUUAAGCACACCGUCUGAUCACUACCAGAACACUUAGAAUAUAAGCAAAGCUUUUUUUCUUUAUAAAACAAACCUCAUUUAAAUGGGAAAUUCAGGUUUACGAGUUCAGGAAUCAAUUAUGGUGAUAUACAAAUACAAGGCUAAAUCCACUAGUAUUUUAUACAUCCCAAAGAGAGGGAGUGUGGGUGUGUGUGCGCUGUCCUCCUUUAUCUGUUUUUACAACAGUUUAUCAGUAAAAUACAAGAGAAGCUCACAUCGUGUUGUAUCUACCUGCUUCAGAGUUAUUAGCACAGCUCACAGUGGUCUUCAGACUCUGUAUAACAGCCAGACACUUCUGAAAGUGUCUGAAGUUCUUCAUGACGACAGACAUGUCCUGUGAGGAGAAUAUUUUCAACUUUCAUCGGCCCACCGACUUUGUACCUGCAUGAAAGACCAACAGAUUGAGAUUGUCCUUCGUUGCCUUGGAUGUGCGACUUAUGAAAGCUACUGUGUGAGAAUGAAAUACAGUUCCUAUGUAAGUCUGAACCAUGAAUGUAUGAGAAACUAUUUGAUACAGUAGAUAUUAUGUUGUGGUAUUGUUGUUUGUCUUCAGUCUAGAACUGCCUCUGAUUUCCCUCUGGUAUAAAUAAAGUCAUAUCUACAUUUAGAAUAAUCAACGCUUCUUUGUUGUAGAGAAACGCUGAUAUCUCUUCCCCCCUCCCAUAUGACCUCCCCUACCCCACACCCACCCACACACGCGUGCACCAUCUAAAUACAGUGUUGUAUAAACAAGUCGGAAUCAAAACUUUGUGUAUUGGGGGACUCACUUAAUUGUUGUAAAUUGUCAAAAUAAAACCUAAGAUGUUGCUUUGUCCCCUGUUUGCGGAGUGCGGUUUCAGGAGACUGGCAUAACAAUAAUUAACAAUAAUUAACAAUAAUUAACAAAAGUUCUAGAUAUAGCUCGAGUGAAAAUGUUCGACAGAUUAUUUAAACACGGGUUCUUUGAAUCCACCCUUCUAUCGGCUGGUAUAAAUGGUGCCUGUGAGCGAUGUGAGCAGUCUCAUAGAAGGUUAUCGAACGAAGGUUAUCUAAUUGGCGACAGUGACGUAUAACAUACUUUGAAUACGUCAGACAGCCGUUCAACGUCAUCACAAACGUGACGUGCUGAUCAAUCAGUUACAUUCUGUCGUUAAGACAAUGACACAGUCUGGAACUGUUCUCUGUAUGUAUUCCUCACAAGAGAAUUUUCCAGAAACAAGUUAGGAGGAAAACUAAACGAGGACAAGAUGUUAGUGAAGGUGUUUGCCUUGUUUGUUUGUGUCCUGAUUAGAAAAACAACUGCGGAGGACACCUGCGGCCAGAGGGCUGACGUGGUCUUCAUGCUGGACACUUCGGCUAGCAUCUGGGAGCCUGACUACAAAAAGCAGCUGGCCUUCGUCUCGGACCUCGUGACCAAGCUGAACGUGGGGCCAAACACCACGCACGUGGGGGUCGUCAGCUUCUCUACAGGCGCCAGGGUCGUGAUGUACCUCAACGAGCUGAACCACGACAUCCAGGGCAUGCAGCGCAGGAUCAGCAACACAUAUUUCCUACGGGGGAGUCAAACGCAGAUCGACAAAGCCUUAAAGCUGGCCCGCGAGUCGCUGUUCUCUGAAAGCAGAGGAGCUAGACCUGACGUGCCCCGACUUAUCAUCAUCAUCACCGAUGGCUAUAGCACAGACAAAAAAAAACACCAUCAAACAGGCGCAGCUCGUACGGGACCAGGGAAUCAAGGGCCAGAGAAACUGGACUGCAAAACCGCCGCGGCUCCUGCUGACAUCAUGUAUGUCACUGACUUCACGCACGCUGAUAACACCGAGAUCACAAACAACCUUGCCCUGAUCACAAAAGUGACGGAAGGUCUGGGAGUUAGUGAGGACGGAGUGCGGGUGGGCCUGACCGCUAACAACUGCGUGAAUGUCGCUGACAUACGGCUUGAAGUCGCUGAGUCCGCCGAAGAGUUUGCCAAAGCCGUGGCCUUAUUGGGGUCAUCGGCUACCCCGUUAACCUACAUCCUAAAACGCGCUAAAGAGCAACUAACCGUCGUGAAGAAGGGGGCCAGGGAAGGGGUCAAGCGCAUUGCCGUAGUCUUCGUGCACGGUCCUAUCCACGACCUGAAGUCAGCCUCUAGCCAAGUCCGGAAGGCCAAGUCGGCAGACAACAACCCGGGAGUGGAGUUCAUCUUCGUGGGGAUGGGGGACAAGGUGGAUGAGAAACAGCUCCAGCGGCUGUCCGGGGAGAAGGAUCCAUCUAAUGUCCGCAUGCUAGUAGACAAGCCAGGGCAGCUGGAAGUCAACUGGGAAAAUGUUCUCAACGAGAUUUGCGAAGUUCUGUUGCCAUCUGAAGAAUGAAGACCUGCCCGGGUGUAGCGCAAGGAUGGGUGCCUGCAAGUGUCACUUUGCUCAAUCCAUGGACACUACCACAACAAUACCUAGCAGCACAGGACAUCUGGGUCCGAUGUCAUGGAUCUGGUGGGUUGAGGGGGAUAUGGACAUUUGGUGUAUUCUGAUUUUUUUAUUUUGUCAGACAAAAUGAUGAAUAUGCCAGUCUUGCAAUAAAAAAAAAAGGUUUCAAAAAGAUGUUCACACUCAAGAGCAGACAUUACUAUUACAGAAAUAAAAGUGUAAAUGUUA